UAUUCUCCGGCAUUCUCUCACUUUCUCUCUCCCUGACUGCCGCUCUCAGCCUUUCUCUCUUCCUUCUCCAUCGUCUCUCUCCGCCAUAUUCUCCAUCAACCCUUCCCUUCUUCCCCCCUCCACCACCUCCCCUUCACCGCCGGCCACUCUCUCUCUCUCUCUCUAAAUGAUGUUGGAGCUCUAGAUGUGUAAACUUGGUAUGUAUUUUUCUGAAAUGAUAGUGGUAGUGUUUUUUUCGCACUGAUAUUGUUUUUUCCAUAUUGGUAUUGAUUAUUAUGUAAUGGUAUUGAUUUGCAUGUAUUGGUAUUGAUUAAAUAUGCAAUGGUAUUGGUGUUUUGUGAAAUGAUAGUAUUUUUAUUUCUCGAACGGUAUUGGUAUUUUGUACAAUGGUAGUGUUUUUUAGUGGAUUGGUAUUGAUUUAUUGUUUUGUUGUUGCAGCGGUAUUAAUUCGGCUUAACGAAAUCAAGGAAAAGAUUGAGAAAAAUAAGAAAGAGAGAUCUGGUUGAAGAUCGUGAAAAUGAGAGAAAGAGAGAGAGAAAUUGUAGUUAAUAUAUUUAUGUAACUUCCUAAAAUAUAAUUUAUUAAAAAGAAAAUUAAUAAAUAUUGAUUUUCAUACCCAAAUUAUCCUUAGUAACCAUGGUGAUUACUAACCCGAAGUACUCACCAUAACCCCCUCCAUUGAGAGAUGGGACACGGGCAGAAAAAACGAGAGGGAAGGAAGGGCGAGUAUAACUACUAUAUACAGUAGUUACCAACUUAUCAUAACACCCCCUAAUAAAUAUAUUAGUAUGGUACUAACAUUAAAUAUUAGUGUUAGCAAUGUGUACAUUCGGGUUCGGUUUUUCGGGUUUACCCGAAACCGACCCGAUUAUAUACAUUUUCGGUUUUUCGGGUUUGUUUCGGGUUUUAGGUUUCGUGUUCGGUUUUGCUUAUCGGUUUUUCGGAUUCCGGCUAAAAAUCUCCAAUGAAUAGAACUCAACCCGUAUUCUUAGGUGUUCGGGUUUUCGAGUUUUGAUUUUGAUUUAACCGAACCCGAACCCGAUAAGAAAUUUUCGGGUUUCGGGUAACCAGAACCCACAAAUCCUUAUCGGGUUCGGGUUCGGGUUUGGUUUCGGUUUUCGGGUUUUUGCUGGUUUCGGUUCGGGUAACCGAACCCGACUCCGAAUUGACACCCCUAGUUAGCAUCCUAUCGAGUCUCAUUAUUCGAACACGAAUUAACUUAAGAAUGUUCAGCGAUUCUCCAACCAUUUUGUCUCCACGCAGAAAAUAAAUCGUCAACGACAUGGUUGAAUUUGUCUAUUAUAUCAUGUCUCUUUGUCAAACCAGAAAUAUUAAUUAUGUUGCCUUCGAAAAGAAAAUGAAAAUCUCUUACCAGCAGUACUGAUGCGUCACCAAGAUAACGCAAGAAAGAAAUAAAAGAUGGCCAAAGUCUCAACUGGAAUUAUUUAACUACUUUUUGUGAGUUAUUAUUAAGUCCCAACUCAUCAUCACUGUGGACCACUCUGAGUAGUAAGACAAUUAAGGUACGAGAAUUGAUAUGGUGUGUUUUUAGAUUAAUUAAUGUAGAAAAUUUCUUUACAGUUAUUGACAGAGUUGUGAACCUAAAUCAUCCACUUCCAUGAAUUUAUCAAGCGCCUACAAAAAAAAAAAAAAAAAACCGAAACAUAUAUAAGCCAAGCACUCUCGUUAUAGAGAAAUGUUUGUACCAUAUAACUCUCGGAACACGAUCAAUGAUAUUGUAGAAGUGGGAUUUGACUCGCGAUUCGCUCGUCCGAUUUUGUCCGAAGGAAAGGAACCUGUGGAAUAUGGCAGGGCAGAGCGAGGAUUUGACGGUCGGGGGGGGGGGGGGGGGGGGGGGGGGCGAAGUUAUGUAGUGUAUUAUUGCGAAAAGGAUAAAAAAAUGAUAAGUAAAAUAAAUAAAAGUUCGAAUUAGUGUUUAUAUAAUCGAAAAAUGAAAGGUCUCCUUGGAAAAAUAAGUCUUAAUCAUACAAUCAAAAUUAUUCUUAAGAAUGCGUAUUUAAAAGUUGAAAAAAAAAACACUUAAUUGACCUAUUUAAGGUACAAAAAUUAUAAAACAAACUAUAAAUUACAACACUUACAAAUGAACUAAAACGCACAAAUCAAACUAGAACGCCCAAAUUAAACUAACUAAAACUAACAAAGUAAAAUUAUAGAAAGAUGGUCUUCAAACCAACAAGUUAAUAAAAAGAGACCAUCAAGUUCAUUAAAAAAUAUAAGAGGCUUGCUAUGGGAAUCAAACCCACAACUCCCAGCUAGCAAAAAAAUCUUUCUUCGACUGGACUACAUGAAGUCAAUGUGAUAACUUUUCCGACAACAUUUAAUUAUAAAAUAAAUACAAUUUAUACGCAAUCUUCCAACCACCAACACGAUUUUCACGUGAAAUCAAAAUUCUCGGGGGGCCAGGGCCCCCCUGAGCCACCACCUAGCUCCGCCCCUAGAAUAUGGGGAUGUCCCCGGAUUAUACUCCGAUUAUCAGGUCAGUAUAUAUGGUGUAGAUAGAUAUGAAAAAGUAUUUAGAGAGAUAAACUAUAAAAAGAGAGUGUCAAAGUGUAAAGUGAGAGAGCAGAAGUUGAAUCUCCUCAUUAGAGGGUUUGGAUGUCUUUAUAUAGUUGUGGCGAGCAUCAAGCGUCAAGCUCACCAGUUGAGUGCUCCACUACUACUUAUUAUCAGUUUGACAUCACUAGUAAUACCUUUAGCCGGUGCUUUAGUAUUUAGUAUGUUCGUUUUAGUUUAAGUAACACCGCGAACAAAAAACAAAUCCUCACUGAAAUAUAUAUUUGUUUUUGUUUGCGUAUAUUCAAUAUUCUCAAUUUCUUAUGCCAAUCGACAAUUCUUAUUUGCACACCUGGACUGGACAAGCAGGACGUAUAGGGUGAUGUAGGAUGUAAGAUAAACAAAACCCUUCUAUUGACCUCGUUUUUUCCUUGCAUUACAAGUACAAUUGUUUAUGAUUUUUCAAUACAUAAAAUUGACCGGUUAUAUUCUUGAAAUUAUUGUUUUUAAAGUUAACUGUUAACUCAAAAUUCGACGAUUACGCCAAACAUAAAGGGUGACUCUUAUGGGAGCGCCGGGUUUGAUGUCAGACCUUGAGGCUUUGCCAGGUGUGGCUUUUGCAAUUUUCUUUCGUCGGUUCUUGGAACGUGACUCUUCGCCAAACAGGGUUACUCGUCUCCUGUAUAUGCUCUGGAGAAUCUGGAAAUCCAGAAACUUGGUGGCUUUUGAAGGAGUGCAGGGGACGAUGGCCGUCUUGGUAAGACAAUUUCACUUCCAAGUCGAAGAAUGGGUAGCGAGUCUCUCUCACGGUGGAGGGGGGGUCCCUAAUGCUUUGGAUGAGCAUUGAGAAAUGCCAGCCGUCUUACCGGGAGGGGUAGUGUGCCAUUUUGACGGAGCGGUAAGGUCUGAGUCCCAUGGUGCGGUGGGCUUUGUGAUUCGGGAUGACAACGGCGGGGUCCUAAUGGUCAGAGGAAUUUCCUAUGAGGGUUUGGUUGAUCCAAUGGUGAUAGAGUUGAUGGCUUUUCGGGAUGCGCUACGGUGGUGUGUGGGGGCGGGGCUUGCAGGUGUUCGAUUCGUUGGCGAUGCUAAGGUUGUGAUUGACAAGAUACAUGCCAGGAUCACUAGGGACGCGAAGGCCGGAGCUAUUUUCCAAGAAGUUUACAUCCUCCUCGAUAACCACUUGGAUUUUAGUGUGCAGUUUGUAGGUAGACAGAACAACAGAGUGGCCCAUAUGGUGGCCAAAAAAAUCCUGGAUUUGUUUUCUACAGGGCCGGGAAUGGUUUUGAUUUCCAGGCAUGGUUGUGUUCGGAGGUCGAGUUAUUGUAACUUUGUUAUUCUUGGUAAUACAAGCGAUCUUUUUCGUAAAAAAAAAAUGAAGGGUCACCUUUACCCUGGGCUUUGAAUGUACAAUUAGUAACAUAUAUACUAUUUAGUCUUCGAAUUGAAUGUAUUCACAUUUCUAGUAAUUAUAUUAUAUACUAGUUUAUUGAUCAGUUUCUCAACAGUCAACACAAAAAUAGAAAAUACUGAUCAGUGCUUCGUGACGUACGGGACGAUCAUAUUAUAAUUAUAGUUUGGAUUGUGUCAUCGCUUGGUGUCUAAUUGGAAUAUAUUUCUUGUUUCUGUUUGUAAUUUAAUCCUUAAAUGAUGUAAAUUAUAGGAGUAUAGUUGUUCUUGUUAAAACCCCGUUUAUUCUAAUGAUUGGAAUUUUAAAUUGUUGGAUUGGAUUUAAAGAUAUAUGGAUAUAUCGUUUUUCUCCUAAUCUGUCAAAUGAAACUCAUCUCAUAAAUGAGAAGUUUAUACAAGUACACCAUACAAUCUGUUCAAGUAAUAAAUCCUUAACACCAAGGAGUUAUACCAUGAGAUAACCACAUGAAUCACCAAGAAACCUAUUAUUAUUGUAUUGCAAACCAAUUAAGGGAGCUCUAAAAAAAUUAUUCAAUUUAAUAUUUGCAAUGUCUCUUUUUUAUCUUUCAUUUAACAUUAUGUAAUUCUGACAACACAUUUAGGUCAUUAUAACCUGAGGAACGGUACUUUUCACCCCCCCCCCCAGAAUUCUGAAGAUUGCGUGUAAAAAUAUCGAGAAUUUUGGAAAUUCUGAAGAAAUUAUCUAUUAUACAAUUACAGUUCCGCGCAAAAAUGAUAACUUUUGACUAGCUCUAGUCCAGCGGAAAGCAGCUCUUAGUAUCUUCCAGGUACUCAAGUUCAAUCCCUGGCAGAACCAUAUUUUUGCAGAUUUUCUUUUAUGGUUUAAUUUUUGCUUAAAAUUUGAACUAACUACUUAACUAAAAUAUUGCUUGGGUUUCUAAAAUACUGUUUGGGUUUCUAUAAUGAAUGAAUUAUUAUUUAUUAUAAAAUUUUCUAUACUGUUUGCAGAUUUUCUUUUAUGGUUUAAUUUUUGCUUAAAAUUUGAACUAACUACUUAACUAAAAUAUUGCUUGGGUUUCUAAAAUACUGUUUGGAUUUCUAUAAUGAAUGAAUUAUUAUUUAUUAUAAAAAAAGUUCGGCCACCCCGAUCUCUGGAUCCUAGCUCCGCCCUUGCCUAAUAUGUGCGUACCCACAAAACACUAGUAUAGAAUGAUAUUAUGUAACAGUAGCGUAGGGACAUGUGUCUUUACCAUGCAAAAAAAAUGGACGUGUGUAGUAAUCUGCCACCUACUCAUGCAAACGUUGCAUUAAUUGGACUCGUCCAAAGCCAAGCUUCCAAAACCUAAAUUGCGUAUAUUUGGCAAACCGGCCAAUCAAAAGUUGCAACUCUUGUUCCAUGCAACUUGAUAUAUUAAACACGUACAAUUGUUUUGGUGAGAAACAUAUGUAUAUGGGAGGAGUAACCAGUUGGUCCAGCCGGUCAGUUUUGACCCAAUUUGCGAAUGUUAAUUACCCUGGCCGUCAAGACCGCCGCCGAUCGAAUACCGGCAGCCCACUAAGACCGCCAUCACACCACCGGCGACAAUGCAGGCUUCCCUAGCUAGUUUUGACUACGUACGUUGCUACUAGAACUCCUGCACCUUUUUCCUGAUCUAAGAUUAUUUUAUGAUUUUAACACUGACCAUUGAAAAAUAAAUAAAUAAAUUUGGA